AUGUUUAGACAACCAUUUCUGCUGGCGAGGAACCUCGUCAGGCCAACGACGGUACACCCUUCAGCCCAAAGGAUAUCUUUAAGAAACUUGAGAUCAAUAUCUUCAACGACCAGGAGAGAAGCUUACAUCCGAUUCUCGACUCCAGGUGGUCCGCCAACUAAACCACAAAACAAUCUUCAUGGGAAAUGGGACCCAAGGAUGAAGGGUGCAGUGGUUAUCUUAGGACUGGGAGGACUGUACUAUGUUUCACAUCUUGAACAAGUCCCUGAAACAGGUCGAUGGCGGUUUAUGAACACCAGCCCCAGCUUUGAAGCCCAAUUUGCAGAGAUGACGCGUAAACAGAUGCGUGCAUCCUUCGGAUCCAAUACUCUCCCGCCAAACCAUCCUGUCAGCCGGCACGUACGUCGAGUCGUCAGCCGCAUCCUCCACGCCUCAAACCUAGGCGUUCUCCACGGCGAAUCGCCACUUAUCUCGUCGCCUUUUGGACUUGGACACGAUUCAGAGGGACACGCAUGGAAUCCUGAUGCAGGAUUUGGUGCAGCAGCGGACCCAGGCGAUGCGUACGGGCCCAGCAAAGAGUGGGACGUGAUUGUGGUCAAUGAUGUCAAAACGAUGAAUGCAAUGGCUCUUCCUGGUAUAAUCGUUGUUUUCACUGGCAUUUUGCCUGUGUGCCAGGAUGAGGAAGGUUUGGCAGCUGUAUUGGCGCAUGUGGCACGACACAGCGCCGAACGUUUGUCCGCGCAAACUAUUGCAUGGACAUUCCUUCUCGGACUGGCUGUCUUGGGAAUUGACAUGGGCAUAACCGAUUUCGUCCAGAAAUUAUUUGUGGAUCUUCCAAACUCGCGGACUCAAGAACACGAAGGUUAG